GGAGAGAUUUUGCUCCUGCCGGGAAGAAGACAAAAGUGAGCAGCAAUUCUGAAGGCCCAGGUCCUGAUGUCCACAUAAAAGCCAUCUCCUGGCCUGAGCGCUGUUGUUCUGAGAACAGACCCGGAGCUGGGCGGACGAGUGCGGGCAACGGGGAUCUGAGUCCAGUGUGGGAAGCGCCAGACCCGGGACUGCGCCCCUAUUCCCCCAGUAGGGGGCGCUGCGGGACAAGAAACAGCCAGGCUCCAGCGCACUCAGGACAGGGGCUCCCCAAAGCCAACGGGGGCUAUUCCCCUAAUCGGUCGAGAUGCAUCUUACCACUUCAGUCACCAACCGUCGGAGCUCACAGCCUCGGCCAGAAGCCGAGUAGAACUUCGCUCCGAAGCGCCUGGGCUUGGGAAUACACCGGGAAGCCAGGAACGAAUGGGGCGGGGCCCACAGGCUCCCGGCGCUGCGCUCGCGGACCGGAAGCGGAGCGAGAAGGAUUGGACAGAACAACGGCACCGGGACCCCCCCCUGCAGCACCGCGCGGGAGCCCUCGGUAGUGAGGAGCCCGGUGACCCUGACCCCUACCUUGGAUGGGCAAUGGUGCAAGAGGGGUCCGAGGAGCUGCAGCACCAGGCCCUGGCAGGAUGACCUCUCCCUGCCCAGGUUGGUGCUAGUCCUCCAUGACCCCAGUCACCUCUGUCCUGAGAGUCACCUGCACCCCAAUAAACUGUUCCCAGUGCUCUGCUUGCUCUGUUCUUUCCACCCAUGGGCGACUCGGCUAGGCCUGGGUCUGGGGCCCCUGUGCACCUCCCACCGCCCAUGCUCAGGGCCAGGCUGGCUGUGGCAGGGGCCGGGAUGUGGCCCAGUGGUGAGCACUGGCCCAGCCUGGCGAGGCCCUGGGUUCCAUCCCCAGCACCACAAGAACAAAAAGAUGGUGGCGGAGACUGGGGAGUGGAGGUCACAGCACAGCCAGCCACAGGCCGAGCCUCGGCAGGGCGAGGGGCAAGGCUCCUCCCCAAGGCCCCCAGAAGGAGCAGCAGGCUGCCCUGGGUUUCAGCUGAAGCUCCUGUUGGUUUCAGGCCCACACCGUGUCAUUUGUCACAGCCGCAGGACGCUCAGGCACCGCCAUGUCCUAAGCCAGGCAGGGGACACCAGGCCCUGGCCUACUUCGUGUGGCUGUCACAAAGGGCCCGAGUGCGUGGCUUCAGAGAGAAGAGGCUCCUUUCCUCACAGUCCUGGAGUCAGGCUGGGCACCGCAGGCUGUGGCGGCCUCUGCACGGAAGGUUUUGCCACGCAGAUUUCUCCCUCAGCCGUUGUCCUUCUGGGUCUCAUCUGUGAGGGCAGCCAAGGAAAUGCCACCGAAGUGACUUUCGGACUGACGUCGAUUUCCCGCCGCUCUGGAGGCCCCUCAGGCACUGCGUGUCCCUUCCUGGAAGGACAGGCCCAUACCAGGCCCCGUGACCGGUCACCCCGUCCCCGUCUGCCUUCCACCCAGGCACGGGGCCCAGCAUCGGCCUCAGUCGGGGCGCAGCGUGGGGAGUCCCCCGAGGUGUGGGGACCCGAGCAGCCUGGCUUAGACACCUUCCUGGGAGCUGGGGUUCAGCGCUGGCCAAGACAGGGUGCCAGUGGGAGGGGGAGGGGAGACGUCUCCAUCCAGCCAAGUUCGGGGCACUCCCAGGCCUCUGGGCCGCAGGGUCAUCUCUGGACACCACCAUCAGCGACUCCUCAGGCGGCGGUGCUGGGUUCUCGCCAGCCACAGCGUCCAGCGGAGGGAGCUGCGGCAGGGAGGGCGGAUCCUGGGGACAGGGACGCGGGAAAGAGCGGGGGGCAGGGCCGUGGUGGAUGGGAUCUGGUUGGCUUUCAGGGAAGAUGUCAGUCCUUGAGAACUGCCCACUGCUGCUGCUCCUCCGGAGCCCGGAGCCCGUCCUUGCCUCCUUGCUACUCGCUCAACAACUCCACCCCCCUCCCCUCCUUCCCCCCUCAGAGAUCCCAGGGCAGCCCCAGCCUCCCCUCCCUUGGUCAGCUGAGCUCUGCUUCUGCUCCUUCCUGAUUCCCCUCUUUUUUUGUGGUACCGGGGACUGAACCCAAGGUCUCCCCAUUGAGCUACAUCUCCAGCCCUUUUUCUAAUUGUUUUUAUUUUGAGACAGGGCCUCAAUAAGUUCCCCAGGCUAGGCUUGAACUUGCGAUCCUCCUGCCUCUGAGAGUGCUAGAUGAUUCCUUUAUAAUACCUCCCUGUCCCUAGU